AUGCCCGAUGGAGACCGGGAAAAAACAAGGUUGGCUCCGAGGAUCUGGGAGGGUGUGACUAGGAGUCUUGGAGUCUAUCCGGGCAAGAAAAUCAUGAAAUCCACGUGGAGGAGUGCCAGAUUAAAUUACAAUGAGGGGGUGGAAGUGGGCUUCGGGAAUCUCGGGAGCGUGUAUAAAUAUAUAGCUAGGCAGAGGAACAACGUGAAGGUAUUUCUAGGACGAGAGGGUGGUGGUGAACUGUCGGACUCGCAAGUCCCACUUGGCAGUUCGAUUUGGACUGUCCUAAUCCGGCAGAAGCCUCCUGCAGCUGUUGAUUGA